AUGGCGCCUGGGAAGCAACCGACAAUGGAGGAGCUGGCAGAGAGGAUUAUCUACUCUGAUCGAUACUCUGAUGAUAAAUACGAGUACCGUCAUGUCAUACUUCCCAAAGCUAUGCUAAAAUAUAUCCCUAAAAGCUACUUCUCACCAGACGACUCAGGAUUACUCCGGAUACUUGAGGAGAACGAAUGGAGAGGAAUAGGAAUUACACAAUCAUUGGGGUGGGAACAUUUCGAAGUACACGCUCCCGAACCACAUAUUUGCGGUCACUUCCCGCCAAACGAUAGUUGCGAUGCCGUCUCAGAGUUUUUUCGACCAGUCUAG